GUCGGUGUAACGGCGGAACGUCCUCUCGGUGUCACCGGCCGGUUGUUUUAAAGAGGCUAUGAAAUACGUAACUGUGACGUAGGCAAGCGCGAGACUCCGCGAGCCACUUCAGCCGGUUAGCAGUUAGCCGUGUGCGGCGUUAGCUCGAUUAGCUCACCGGACCGGGGGUGUGGAGACACUUUAAAUAACUUUAUACUCGCGUGUUUGACAUUUGAAACGGAAGCCGAAUUAACGGGUGGUUAAAACGCGGAUGUAAUAGUCAACCGCCGGUAUUUAUAGCACCGAUUUACGGUUAAGAGCACGGAAGCGAACAUUAAACCGUCACAAUACCGGACGAGGUUUGGUCUCUUUUGGUUCUAACGCGAUAUCGAGACCACCUCGAGACCUCCCCCGGUACUGUGCCUGUCUCCCCGGUACCGUGCCCGUCUCCCCGGUACCGUGCCCGUCUCCCCCGGUGCAUGUUGUUAAACUAACUUACCUCUCCGGUCAUGUUGUUUAUGUGAUUACAGGCUGUUGAAUUGUGGCUGACAACUUUGAGGAAACGCUGAGCACAGCACAAGAAGCACCGGGCCGAUGGAUCCCGUUGACUCUGGACCAGGGCAAGACCAGCCGCCAGAUUUAACAUACAGCUCCAGAGGACGACAACGGAGGAAAAAUAGCAGAUAUUGUGAUUAUGAAGUUGAUGUUUCGUCGGAUGUGCAAUGUUCUAAAAAAACCCCGCAAAGAGCGAAUGGAGGAGCAGGAGGAGCCGCUGCUAAGAGAACUCCGGUAAAGAAAGGCAAAGCUGAGAACGCCACGCCGAAGUCCGAAAAUGAGAAACGAGAAGCCACCGACGAAUCACCUCAGGGUGGGACUCCUGGGGAGGAAACUCCUAAAAAGGCGCCGAGAGCCAAAAAGACGCCGACGCCGCCGAAGAAGAAGACUUCCGCCAAAAGAACUCCCGCCAAGGCAACCCCCGCCGCCGAUGGGGUGGGUGGUGGUGGUGGUGGUGUUGUUGUUGUAGUCGUCGACGACGACGCGCAGCUGGAAAACGGGACGCCGAAGCCAAAGAGACGGUACGUGAGGAAGCAGCCGCCAAAGGAACCCGUUGCAGAACCGCCGCGCCAGCCUCCGGUCGAACCCGAGGAGGAGACCACGCCGAGCGGGCGCCACAGGAGAGGCGCCGCUAAAGCGGCGCUGAAGUACCUCCACAUUUUGGCAAAAGAAGUGUUCAAUGACGAGUUGGGCCGUUGUCCACGGGGAAAGACUCAAAGUCCCAAAGGAAGCAAAGGGCGUAAAGGCCCAAAGAGGAAACGUUGCGACAGCGUUGCUGCAAAAGACGAGGACUUCGUUCCGGGUGUUGAAGAAGAAGAAGAGGAAGAAGAGGAGGAGGAGAUCGAAGGGAUGGAAGACGAAGAGGACGCGUCGUACUCUGACUAUGACUCGGAGACGACGACUCACGUGAGCCAGAGCCGCAAAACCCCCAACGGGCUCACGAGCAACGUGAUGCAGACGGUGUGGGACUCCAUGGACACGGUCAAGCAGUUCCGGGAGGAGCACUACAGCAGCUGGGUGUUCCCAGAGUGGGUCGUCUCCACCGAGGUCUGGCACCUCGUACCACCAAGUGAUUUGGAGAAAUACCUGCCUCAGGAGCUUCAGUCGGCUGCUUUCAGAGUGUCCAGAGAUGGCCUCAGAAAGGAGGAGACGCCUCUGCAGAGACUCGGCAGGUUCACGGCGAACCCCGCUCACCCGGACCGCUGGGACAUGUUGCUGUAUGCGGGUGGACCGGUCUGGGCUAUGGAGUGGUGUCCUACGCCCGACAGCGUCGAGGCGUCCCAGUACAUCGCUCUGGCCUGCCAUCGAGGGAUGGAAGACGAGCACUGUGUCAACAAGACGCACAGCGGAGUCGGACUCAUUCAGCUGUGGCACCUGGGCACGCUGAAGUACAACAGCAGACCGGACUCUCAGCCGGCCUUGGCCUACGGCUUGGCCCAGGACCAAGGCUUCGUCUGGACUCUGAAGUGGUGUCCUGCAGGAGGCUGGGAGCUCCCCAGCUGUGACAGAAAGGCUCCGUUCCUGCCCAGACUGGGUCUUCUGGCUGUCGCCACCUCCAACAGUGUGGUCACCAUUUACAGCCUGCCCCACCCAGACGCUCUGCACUCCAGCAACGGGCAAACUGGAAAAGCCGGUGAACAGCUGCCGAUUUACCAGGCAGAAGGAGUGUUAACACUGAAGCUGGGCUCCCUCAAAGCCCCUCGCCAUGAGAAGAGUGGGCGAGUCCUGUCCAUGGAUUGGCUGCCUAAGAAACCACACAAUAUAAUGGCUAUCGGAUUUUAUGACGGAGUUGUAGGUCUGUGGGAUCUCACCACAAAGUCGUCACUCUUGCGACUGCAGGACUCGGGCUCUCUGACCCUGCUGCCCUAUCGGUGCCUUCUGGCUCACGACAACGCUGUCCUGGCGCUGGCCUUCUGCCCCGCCUCCAGGUUCUUGCUGGUCACGGCAGGUGAAGACCGCUACGUGAAGACCUGGGACCUGAGGAGGCUCUACGAGCCCAUCACGGUUCAGAAGCGCUACCUGACCAACGAGAUCUACUGGCCCCUCAACGCACCCGGAGUCCUGUUGGCCCAGGAGAACGCCUACGCCCCGUACGGUUCACAGGGGGUGCAUUACUUCGACCAUCACUUGCGCGCCAUCUUCGCAGUUCCUCGGACCAGCACCGUGUGGUCCAUCUCGUACACCGAGUGGUUGAACAGCGUGGUGACGGCCGACGGCCUCGGGGAGGUGAUCCUCUGCCUGCUGCCUCAGAUAGGCGUCAUCCCUCACUACAUCAAGCGCACGCUGGACCGCCGCUUUCCCGUCUACCUCACGUCUCUGGUGCCUCACGAUGCCAGCGAAGAAGAGGAUCGAGAGAGGGGAGCAGCGGAGAAGGAGGAGGAGGAGGAGAAGGUGGAGGGCGACGUCGUCGAUGAACAGGAAGGAGGAGAUGCCGGAGGAGAGGAGGAGGAGGAGGAGGGGAACGGCGGAGGACGAGGUAGAAAGGAUGAAGGUCCUCCUCUGCGGUUCCAGACGUACGAGGAGGCCGUGAAGAAGAACUGGCUCCAGCACACGGACAACGACAUGCGGACCUUCGCGAGAAGUGAGAAGCGAGCGGUGUGGAAACGCAUGAGAGACACGGAGCUGAAGACCAAGCUGAACAUGGACGAGAUGCCCCUGGCUGCACUGCACAAGGUGCGUUUCAACCCCAACAUGUGCUGCCACACCUGGUUGGCGUCCGGGGGCCAGUCGGGCCUGGUCCGAAUGAACUGUCUGAGGGCCAUGAUCGGCCCCCAGUCCAAGAAGAUCAUGAGUGGGAACCGGGCCCAGUUCAAAGACCACGAGGAGCUAUAACACCACGUCCAGCUCGAAGGUGGAUCACAAACACACAUGCAAGUCUGCAAAAAACGAGGUGUUUCUUAAAAGUUUCCUCCUCCACGAACCGUUUUUACUUCCCCACCCAAAUGUCUCACAGGCGCACUUUUUUUUUUUUUUUUUUUUUUUUUUUUUUUAUCAACGUUUUGCAUUCUCCGCCUCCACGAAGAUGGAUUCCAGUUUAUGAAUGUAAAUAAUCGGCUGCAUUUACUGUUGUCUCAGGAAAAAACACACAAAAAAAACACAUUUUUAAAUUGAUAUUAACCACGAAAGAAAUCUGCGUUCGGCUGACAUCUAGUGGUUAAAGUUGUGUACU